AUGAUGCCUUUGGGCGUUUUGGCUUUAAGCGGCAUGUCUAUUAGCGUUCAGUCGAGUUUAACUUCGACUGAUAAUCGACUUCUUGAUUCAUCCCUUAACCUCCUCGACACUAAUGGAGGUGUUAGUGCUAAAGUUGAGGAUUCUGCGCCCGCUAAAUUGCGAAAAAUGUCCGCAGACGAAAAAGAACAUGAGAAUCUUAGCCAAAAUUUCUCGGCUCUUUUUCCAAAGAGAGAGUGUACCUUCUCGACCCCUGCUGACAUGACGUUCCAAGAACUUGGAGGUCUUCCAAAGAAAUCAGCAGACAUUGUUGAAUGCAAGGCGGCACCUGCUGACAUAACUGAGGCUAAGACUGCAGUUUAUUGCCGAAAAGUAUUGAACAUUAGAUACACAACGAAUUUUAUUGUCGCCUUUGCUGCUAACUCCUCCGCUUGUCGGCCUUAUUUGUCAAAAUACUAUUCUGCUACUGUUGGCCUUCCUUCUGAUUGGCUCAAAAUAGUUGAAAUUUAUAAGACUUUCCAUCCCUCAAAGAAGCUCUCUUUGCCAAACGCCCUAAGACGCGUGAUGGUGGAAAAAUUUAAAGAUUUUGAUCAAUAUCAGCUUGCAAAAUACAACAGAGAAGUGACUGAAACAAAAAAGAACAGGGGCAGACGUCGAAAUAACAAGACGUCCUCUUUUACACUGUCAUUAAAGAAGAUGAUCCGACUUUUGCAUAUAUCUCAGCCCGUUUACGCUGUCAUGAGCCUUUUGGGCAAAACUUACCCCAUGACUAUCUCAGAUUUUAUCGAGAGUGGUCUUUCUGGUGAUUGGGAUCCCUAUAUUGCUGGAACUCGCAUGCGUUUGCCUGUGCCAUAUACUUGGGAGACAGAACUUUCAAAGACUCCAGUGGAGGCCCAACUCGUUGCUUGGCAUAAUCUCAUUGUACUCUUAACUUGUAUACUUACUAAGGUUGGUCUUAAAGUUAAGUGCUUCACUCGAGCACGCGUUUUCCUUAAAGACUCUGGAAAACUUCCCUACAUGGCUACAUUGCGCAACCUUCGUAACCUCCUUUUGGUUGGCAUUGACAAAGCUCAUAUGGAAAAGGUGCUUCACAAAUUGACAAAUGAAGGCGAGGUUGCAUCGUCGAAACAACUGCCGUUUAGAUACUUGAGUGCUUUCGCUGCCCUUGAAGAACUUCGUCACGAUAAAAACACCUUGGGGAUGCUUUUGGAAACGAAAAUCGGAAGUGGCAGGAGUUUAUUGUGCGCGGGACCAAUUUUUUGCAGACUUGACAUUGACAAUGUGAAGACUUUCGAGGAUGCAGUUGAAAGAGCAUUUGAUCUCGCCAUUCAUCUAAAUCUUCCAACAGUGUCUGGAUCCACUCUGAUCAUUGUGAACUUACAGGAGGGUUUUUCAUCCGACUUGGAUGUUGGAACCGAUCGCGUUUCGUCUCAAUUGUUGCUGGCUUUUAUGUGCAUGGCAGUUUGUGAAGACUAUGAUGUCCUCUUUCAAUUAUCAUCCGAACUCGUUUAUAAUUCAAAGUUUUUUGCUUCACUCAUGCCCGGGGAUGGUGCCAUACUUGAAACUGUCAAAAGAGUUUCCAGCAUUCUGAAGAACCCACCAAAGGAUCCUGAUACGCUUAAUCCUAUUGGCCCUACAUACACUUCCAUGGUUGUUCUUGGCAACCUUGCGGAAAAGUACAAGAAAUGGAAAGAGGUCUACAGUAGACACGUGGGCUUUAUUCACGGCAUUGCUGUCUGCGACAAGCUUUGUGUGGCAAAUGACUGGAUGUCACUUCAGGACUACUCUGACUCUUGCAUUCAAAUAUUGGCACACAUGGCAAACCAAUCCCUUGUGAAGCAGGUCGAAAUGGUAGAUCGUCAGUUGGAUCUCUCCUCCAAAACUUACAUUAGUCGCCAUCCGUCCACUGUCGUUUCAAAAACCUGUCAAACGAGCAUUGAGUUGCCGGCGAACUUUCUUCUCGGUAGUGGAAUAGCCGCUGUGCAGGUCUUCGUCUCCUCUACCUUCCAAGACAUGUACGGCGAGCGGGACCUUAUCUCCGGCCUUGUCUUUCCCGGCCUCCGCAAACAGCUUUCUCGUCUCGACUAUCCAGUACUCCUUAAUGAAAUUGACCUCCGCUGGGGUGUGCCUGAGGUCUUUUCACAGACCGGGGAAAGUCUACGAAUGUGCCUAGAAAAGGUGGUCACAUCUGACUACCUUAUUUUGCUUCUUGGUGAAAGGUAUGGUUGGACGCCUAGUGAAGAGGUCGUACAGGCACUUCCUCCAAAGCUCUUGGGACAGGUGAUGAAAAUUUACAAGAAGGGCAUGUCAAUUACAGAAAUGGAAGCUCGUUUGUUUAUCCAGCAGAACUGUAUGAAAAGAAAAAACCUUCUUUGUUUUUUGCGUGAUUCUUCUUGCUUAGAAGAUGUGCCUUCGGAUCUCAAAAGUCAUUUCCUACAGUCUUCGCAAAGAGAUCGUGAAAGACUGUUGGAGUUCAAACAAUUUCUAAAGGAAAAUGGUCUUAUACUGCUAAACUCAUACCCUGCUUCUUUCGCAGGCAUAAUUAAUGCCGUGCCUAUGAUGGGUAACCUCGGGACUUUGGGAGAGGCACUAUUCAAAAGCCUUUACACUUCGAUCUGUGAGUGGGUCCGGUCGCAUCCCUCUGUUUUGGUAAACAAUUUACUUACCCUUAUUUUCAAGAAUUGGUUAAUAAUUCGCCACUUCCUCAACCUUCUUAUCAAAACUGAAGAAGAAGAAGAACCCUCGUUUGAAGACGGUGAGAUUCGGCAAUGUGGCUCUUCCGUGCCAACUGGUUAUCUGGAAGCGAUUGCUGCUUCUGUUGCCCCACGACAUCUUCAGGAGGUCCUUCACGCCCUCUUUGUUGAUCUCCCCAUCCGAGGCGCUCAAGUUCGUCUCUCUCGGCUGGAAGCGGCUGGUAAACAUCGGAAUGCUUGUCUCACUCAACUGAUCUCGGCUACUAGUUUAAAAAGAAGGCGCGAGGAGCGUAUCCUGCGUGACGGCGGUGUGCUCUGUUUGAUUGGUUCUCAUGGCAGCGGAAAAACAACUCUUGUCUCUGCACUAGCGGUUGUCUUAUCAGAUCCCACCUGGAUGCCUGAUAUGGCUGCCUCCUCAACCUUCACAACUCCCUUUGAUUCGCGCUCCACCCCUAAGACAGAAGUCUCGGAUGCCUUUCGAAAUCGCUCGCGAGUGUUCGUGCACCUCACAAUGGGCGCCCACUCUUCAACUACUCGCCACGCAGGGCUCCUCCUAUGCGCUAUUCCGCAGAUGACCCAGGUGAAGCGACUGCUUGACACCUGGAUUAUGAAUGUAUUCAAUGAACUGCGAAAGCCCGCCAGUGGACCCAAUCCCGCUCUCGAACAGAAAUUAAGCGCUAUGGAGAAUGAACUACAGUCAGCGGGAAUUGUAAACGUCGCUCAAGACUCUGAGCUUGUUAAGAGUAUAGAAAUAUUUCACAAAUUACUAUGGAUUAUUGGAGAACACGUGAAGAACCACUACAUAUUCAUCGUUGACUCUGUGGAUCAUCUUGUACCUGCAAAUCUUACUUGGAUUCCGGAAGUCAUUCCUGAGAACGUGAAGUUUGUUUUGACAUUGAAUGGUGAAACAAGUACUGCACGUACUCUGUCGGUUCGUCCGGAUUGUCUUUACCUGCGCCUGAGCGAACUCUCACGAAACGAAAAGGCUGCUGCGAUUCGAUGCUAUUUUGCUCAAUAUGGCAAAGUUCUCAGUGACAGUGGCUUUGGCAAUCAGCUGGACAACAAUUUGAAAAGCCUACCAGAACACCUACCCGAUCUCGUAGCCCACAUUGUGACGCGGGCAUCAGUCUGCUGUGGAGAGAAUCUCGUCAAAACUGCUCUCUGCUGUAUUCUCUGCUCACGUCAUCCACCCUAUCCAACUCAGCUCCAGCAUAUGAUAAACAUUUGGCUUUCUGCGAACAGCGAACAAGCCACCUCCGAAACAAUUGCUUUUUUCAGUGGUGAUGAGGAGGAACUUCCAAAAGACGACCCAACGAUACAUCCAGUUUUUACCACAAUGGCUUUGAAUGUUCUUCUUUCACAGCUCCAACCUCUUAUUAUUGGGGUGGAGUCUACCGACGAGAGCGGUCGUGGCCUUGCGGAAUCCAUAGCAGAUCAGGUUGAGGAGACCGAUAUUGAGGAGAGGUCAGAACUGAGUCUUUUCACAUCUGGGGGUCUGCGAUUGUGCAGUCAAGAGGUGGCAGAUGUAAUUCGACGUUUGUGCUUCUCAUCCUGUGGGCCCAUCAGCCGGUUUUCCGCCUCACGCCGCAUGGGUUACCUCAAAAGCACCGUAGGUAGCCAGGGCGACAUCGAACCACUCCCACUUAGUUCUAUCCCCACAGAAUUGCAAACUUAUCGGUUGCUGCUUUGCGAAAACUAUGACAAUUUGAAAGACAAAGUAUACUAUGCGUUUCGCGCGAAAAAGCUUAACUUUGCCGCAUCAACACUGAGCAGUAUUAGCUACAUCCAACAAAAGGCCAUGAAUAACGACAUUUCAGGCGUAAUCGAAGAAUUCCUCGGAUCUGAUAUCUGUGAUCCUGCUACAAGAACAGCCUGGUUAGGAAUUAUUGACAAACAGAAGGGCACAAUUUUUUCUGCGAUCCGUCACUUCGUUCUUCGGUCUGGUCAUGUCCUGACUAGAUUUCCUCAGCUAACAGGACAGCUCCUCUUGGAUAGUCUUCCGGCUUAUUGCAAAGCCACCCUGAAGGAGGAGCUAGAGAGGAUUAUUGGGGUCGAAAGCAGCUUUGGAGUAUCGCGCUGCAACACUUGGAGUGCCGAUUAUCUACGUGACGUGGAAAUAGUCUGGAGACCAGAGGCGAUCAUUUCUCCAACUGCGCUCGCCAGCGACGGCAAUGAAGUUAUUGCUUGUGGUGACAUAAGUGGGAGUAUCAUCCUCUUGGACGUUUCAUCCGGCAAGGUGUUAAACACUCUGUAUGGACACACCGGCGCUGUGAAUGGGAUUGUUUUCAUUUCACCUCAAACAAAUGCUCUGGUCACACGUUGUGUUCUACUUUAUUCAGUCUCUGCGGAUUCAACAGCGUGUUUGUGGAAACUCGUACCAUCAAGCGUCGGUGAAAGGGGUCUGAUUGGUGUGAGAUUGGCGCGCAUCUCAGGAUAUCAUGAUCGUGCUAUCACAGCUUGUGCCUGGGACUCUCAACGAAAGCAUUUGGUCACUGCAGGUCUUGAUGGACUGGUGAAUUUAUUUCCUAUCCAACUCUCCCUCGAUGGCGAUUCAAAUGGUGAGACUAACUCUGUCUCUGGGUAUAAUCUGGAGUCAUUUAAGGGACGUCCGCGUUCCUUCUCUACAAAACAUCAACCAAUAAAUGCAAUGGUUCUCGUGGAGGACAAAAUUGUAGUGGGUUGCUGGAACGGAACUCUGUGGGUGUUCGAAACGGACAUGAGGCGAGAUAGAAAGGUUGCUGAAGUCCUGCUUGUGGGCUCUGAAUGCGGUGGGUUGGAAAAGGAGACCCGUGACGGAGCCUACUUUGAGAAAUGGGCUGGUGUUCGGGGUCUGCAUGCUUCAAUCGUAUCACUCGCCUAUUCGGGACCCAAAAGCGACGUUAUCGCGAGUGCAGACUUCGUUGGCGAAGUGACUCUCACUAAUGCCAGCACUUUGGAGUGCAUUGUUCACCUGGAGGAUCCGUGCCGCCUGACUCCUCGGCACAUUUACAGUAGACUCUGUUUUCUCACGCCAAAGGGAAGCGAUGAUUGCCUACUGGCAUAUACUGGCUCCUCAACAUCAGUCUCUGGAGCAAUUUCUCUGUACAAUAUUGACCGGCCUCAUAAAUUUGAUACUUUACUUGAGGACCAUGGAAGAAGCUCAGAUAUAUGCAUUGGAGUCAGCCUAACAAAGUCCAUAAUGAUCUUCGGUACUUACAACGGAGGAGUCAUCUGCUUUAAUGUCGACGCAGAAAAGAGUCUCGUUCAGCUCUUUCCUCCACCGCAAAAUAAUGCCUCAAAGAUCCAGGCUAUCGAUUGUUUUUUUUACAGUGGCGUUGACAAUUUCGUCUUUCUUGUUUAUGGCUCGGCACGUGGGGAUGUCACAUUUGCAGUUUUUUCAACAAAAAGAUGCAUCGACGGUGUUUUGAAGUUGAAUCGGUUAGUUGGGGAGGUCCAACAGCCCUUCUCUGUUUGGCCUCAUGCUUACGGCCACCAGGAGGGUGGAGGCGGUGAGGGUGGUGGGACACUCGCCAUUACUGCCUCGGUUUCCCAAGGCUUUGCUGUCUCUGGUGGUGGGGAUGCAGCGUGUUGCUUCCAUUUGUUUCAACCACAGGAUCUCGGUUCCAAAGGUUGCCAUUCUUCUACGAUAAAUAGUGAAUUCAGGCUAGUUGCUCACUCUUUGGGCGUUUCUGCACUUGCUUCUGCUGCAAACAUUGCCGUCUCAGGGGGGAAGGAUGGGCGUCUUGUCAUUUAUCAAGUGGAUAAGCAAGUGUCGUUCCAGCCAGUCACUAUUAUUGACUCUGUGCCUCAAGCCCAUCGGGACUGGAUAACGUGCCUUGCGAUAAAACAGGAGGAUCCUCGGCGUUACUUAAUCGCAUCAGGGGGGAACGAUCAUGCCGUAGGGGUGUGGGUGCUCGACUCCGAAUCGAAGGAUGGGAUGAACCCUCUCUCUCAAAUCUGUUUUGCUACGGAACAUGUCCAACCUUUGACCAGAUUUUCAUUUAAGGAUGGACCACUAAUCUCGGCGUCUGUGGAUGGAGUGGUAGUGGUUUGGGAGGCAACAGUAUCUUCCAUGCGGAAGUUACGAAAAUUCACACUUUCUGACGCUAAAAUAGUGGUGAUGGAUGUCAUUUACUCCGAAGAGUCAGUUAAGCAUGACAUGAUCACAGCCUUGUCAGAUGAAUCAGACACAUUUGGCGAAUUGAAAGCAUUGUUUGAGAACCAGGAUGAGGUGGGCAAGGAUGUGCUGGAAGAUCGUUCACUCAUCCGCCUCCGUGUUGCUUGUGCUCACGGCGAUGGCAGCUUUGAUGUGAGCACCAUUUCACCAUUUUUGCCCAGUAGUGAACUUGCCUUUGCUGGGCAUUCCAAUGUCACUGACUGUAGUGUAAUUCAUCUGACCUCGAGCGCAGAGAAUGGUGCCCUUGUCUCUGCAUGCACCUCUGACUCCCAACCUGCUGAGGUGUGCCUUUGGCGGCUAGACAGCAAAGAACCCAAAUCCCACGUAACUCAGAUUUCAUGCCGCGGAGCAAUAACGGUCCUCAAGGAGAGUAAAGGGUACAUUUUCGCGGGUACCGAUGCCGGUUGCCUCUUGGUCUGGCGUGUUAAGGAUGGACGUCAACUAACCGUUGAAGGUUUUUUGCCCAAUGGCUGCAUAAAUGAUUUGGAAGUGAGCGUAUCUUGUGAGGAGAGCAGAAUUUGCAAUGCAACAAUAUUUGUGUUGAUCGAUCAUUUUGUGUACUUUUCGACACUUUCUGCAUCAACGGACUCAGAUCUUGUGUUUGAUUAUUCAAGGCUUACGGAUGGCAUCGUAAGCUCUUUGUGUGCGUAUACCUACAGUGUCACCUCCGGAGGAACGGCUCAUUAUAUUGGCCUCUGUGAUGGCAAAUUGGAACUGUUUGAUUCUGCAGGAAAUCCUCUAGCAGCUGCACAACAGAAAGAUGAGACAAUCUACAAUGGACUGCAGGUGAUUUGCCCAAAAAAUGGUUCUGCAGCAUACAUCUUGGUCUCUGGAAUGCGGAAGAACGUUGGGGUCAAAGGCUCACCUACCGAUUCCUUUGUCAGCCUGCGUAGUGAUCCCUUCACUCCCAUUUCCGAAUACGUGCUUCCUAAUGGAGAAGCUGUUGUUGGAUUCGCAGCAGCAGAAAACAAUCGAGAGUCGGCGCGCAAUUGUAGCUACAUAGUCAUUGUUGCAGGAUCCGAUGGAAUUCUACGCUAUUUGCAAUGGAUGCCGUCUAAGUCCGCUGGAGAGCCAAAUCUUGUUGGCUACUUCCCGACUGGCAGGAAAGUGGUGAAAAUUUGUGCCUCAGAACCAGAUCACUUUGCUGUUGGCUACAGCAACGGAGACGUUGGAAUAUACCAAUUCAUAAAAACAGCUCUGUAA